UUUGUAUGGCAUUUUUUCUCUCCCGAGCGACAGCGAGCCCCUCCAACUUCUCCCAGUUCUCAGAGUUUUUACCUUCAUGUUGUGCAGCCACAGAAAGUUCAAGAUGACGAUUUCAAGAACGAGACCAACCCCUCCCUGCCACCCCUUUUUCGUAAUGAGACACGCAGCAGACGCGGCUCUCCGCCAUCCCUGGGCGAGGCACAUACCAGGGAGUCCUCCACGUGAUGACGAGCAUCUACAUGCAGCCAAGAUGACUGCCUGCUGUGGAUUGUACUGUACGUUCAAAGAUUCACAAUUUCGAACACUCGUCGCCUUCGAUAUCUCCGCGUGCGGACAGAGAAUCGUCUUGACCAUUGUCUUCGCGCAUGCGCAACGAACUGGCCGACAGCAUCCUAUCGACACCUGGAGUUCAAUGUUUCCACUAUUGUGGCUUAUUUUAAUUGACCGUGCCAAGGAGUCAAAUAUGCAUGUCGAAGCAGAUCAUCUCGGACGGCCUCAGGGGGUGUCAACCACGCAAGCUUCUUCCUAAAAUGACCGCCUCGGUAUGAUGGAGAGAGCAAUGAUGAUUAACGCGUCUUGACUCUACGUCAACCUUUCUCGAAACUAAGAGCCGUCGAUGGCUUGCACUUCCGCCGGGUGGCGCUUCCCUGACAACGCUGACGAAGCCACCAUGCAAGGGGCAUCCCCAAUUGCUUGCUACCGCUAGAUGCGAUUUCAUCAUUGGCAAUUAGCAACUGGAUAGACUUUCAACGCUGCAUCAGAGCAUUUGCUUUUCU